AUGUCUGCGCUAAAAAACUUGACAUCACUCAAGCGCAACAUCACCCGGCGUCUCCGCCAGGCGCUCGAGGAACUCCAGGAAAACUUGGGGAACUUGGGGAAUAAUCUAGAGCGGCAAGCGGCGCCGGUGCGUAUUCCGGUGCCGGCGCGUGGGGGUGCGCCGUUCCGAGGGCGCAACCCCAUGAACUUCCUCCGGGGAGACGUCUUGACUUCCGGCCGCCGCUCCGCUCGUUUUCUGGCCGGCCUUCCGACCGGCCUCCCGACCGGCUUCCUGGCCCGGGGGCUCUCGUCGCUCGUGGGGUCACGUGACCCCCGCCGCCACGGCUCCCGUUUCUUCACCACCUACAACCGGCUCGGUGCCUUCAGCAGUUGGCGGUGGGCGCGGCUCAACCAGUCCGUGCUCUUCCACCACUUCUCCUCCAAGUCGCAGUUCCGCCUGAAGGCGUUUCACCGGUUCUACAACACCCCGGCACUCACGCACCUUCUCAAGAAAAAUGGUGCCCUAGGCCAGCCCGACCCUUUCAUGGGCAGAGGCAAACAUGGCGCGGCGAGGCGUAGUCGAUGUGCUGUGCCCGAAAGAGCCGCCGUGGCCUCCUCGCUCAGACUCAAUCUUCUGUUGUCCCCGAGAUUCCAUGACAUGGUGCAGGCGUUGGCCAGACCGCUCUCGCCCCAGCCGUCGGGCUGCUACGUCGACUUCGCGCUCCAGCCCAAAUUCCUCAUUCCGCCGGCAACGGUCAUGAACGCGGAUGUCGUGGGCGAGCUCCAGGCCAACCUCCAGCGCUUCGAGCGCCAGGUGGCUGAGUUGCAAGAGGACUUGCUCAAGAUCAGCGAGUUGGGCGAGCUCCCGCUCAAGCUCAUGGCCGCGGAGGGCGUGCUCCGCGUGUUCUUUCCCAACUGUGACCGCGCGCAAUUGGAGUGCUUGCUCGUGGAGAAGAAUGUGCGUGGUGGAGUCAUACACGAGGAUGCGUGCGGCCUCUACGAGCAGCUCCAGGACAACAGCCAGCAGCUCCAUGACAACAGCCAGCAGCUCCAGGACAACAGCCAGCAGCUCCAGGACAACAGCCAGGUGACGCCGGUCUCGGAGGCUGGCGUGUUGAGCAGCGGCGCCUCCCUGGAUCGGGCCCUGUCGCGCUCGGCGAGCAGCGAGCCAUGGGACGACAUCUUGUCGCUGUCGGGUGUUGGCAGUGGGGCGUAUGUGCAUUUGGAACGCCUCCCCGCUUCGGCGCACGCCGGAAUCGCAGACGGGCUCCAGUGGUCCUAG